GAAUUCCAUCUCGGCCGCUCAUGACCGCCUUCUUGUACGUUAACCCUUCGGUGAUGACCUUUCACCCGACAAGGAAAUGCGCGUUCUUUAUCUUCCGUAUCAUGAGUUGUUUGUAUUGAUGUCUGUGUGACCCAUAGUAGUUCAUAGUGAUGGUUUAAUUGACCAUUUUGGUCUCGACUUCGAGGACCGGUUCCACCGAAAUCAACAUACUCAUGCGCGCACAGUUAAGCACAGUAGCUAGAUAGUAUGUAUGACCAGAGGUAACGGGUAGACUCGCCUUGCUAAGCUCAUCUAUGUAGUUGGCUGUGGAUGUUGCUGUAGUAAGGGCCUGUUAAAUUAUGAAUGACGCCAACUCAUGCGCGCGGAUGAAAGUCACUGACGGUACGAUUGUGCAUCGGAUGGAGUGUAGUGUUUAGAAGAGCACGCAGGAGACAUCAUGGAGGGACAAUCUCCCAGAGUGCAGCUGGUGUCAGCUGAGGGCGGUCUAGAGCAGAGAAUACAGAUUGUGACUGCAUAUGAUCAGUCCAAUUCUGGUAAGCAGCAGUACAUCCUGGCUAACGUAGACAACCCCAACUUGGAGAAACUCAUCUUGACCAAUCAAGAGGGCACUGCAGGAAAGGUCAUCCUGGCAUCAGCUGACGCCGCUGCAGCUGUCAAUCACCUGCUCCUGGCCUCUCCUGAGCUAGCCGGACAGCAGAUCCAGUUUGUGACCGACAAUUCAGAGCAGAAUGCCAAGCCUGUCGUGGAGUACUGUGUGGUGUGUGGAGACAAGGCCACAGGUCGUCAUUACGGUGCAGUGAGCUGUGAGGGCUGUAAGGGCUUCUUCAAGCGCAGCAUCAGGAAGAACCUGGUCUACUCCUGCAGGGGCAGUGGCGACUGCGUCAUCAACAAGCACCACCGCAACCGCUGCCAGUACUGCAGACUGCAACGCUGCAUUUCCUACGGCAUGAAGCAGGACUCGGUGCAGUGUGAAAGGAAGCCAGUGGACGUGUCCAGAGAGAGGACUGCCAACUGCGCCGCAUCGACGCAGAAGAUCUACAUCCGCAAGAACCUGUGCAGCCCCCUGACAGCCCUACCCACCUUUGAGUCCGACAAACAGCACAAAUCCUCCAGCUUAUUGCUGAAUAUACAGCAGUCCAUGUCCAAACUGGACAACAACAUUCUCAUCUCUACCUCCCCAGACAGGAGUGACAGUUGCCAGGGAGAUCUGGGCACACUGGCUAACGUGGUGACCUCGUUGGCCCACCUCAAUGAGAGCAGAGAGAUGAGUGACAGCAACGCUGACCAAUACGGAAUGGAGACCAUGAGUAAUGGGGAUGACUCAAUCGCAGACGUCCAAUCAGACGAACACAACUCCAGUGACCUCAGCCGAGCGUUUGACACCCUGGCUAAAGUGCUUCGGCCGGAGCAGCGUGGUGAGAUGGUGGGUGAUGCCAACAUGUCGGGCACAGAGGAGUCGGGCACACUGCUGGACCUGCAGGGGCCACUCCUGUCCGACUGCCACAUCCCCUUCAAGCUGAUGAUGCCACUCCCAGUGCCUGAGUUUCUGAGUGUGAACUACAUCUGUGAGUCGGCCUCUCGUCUCCUCUUCCUGUCUAUGCACUGGGCACGCUCCAUACCAGCCUUCCAGGCCCUGGGCUCUGAGAAUGGCAUCAUGUUGAUGAAGGCGUGCUGGAACGAGCUUUUUGCUCUGGGUCUGGCGCAGUGUUCCGAUGUCAUGGACGUCUCCUCCGUUCUCACCACCAUCGUGCAACACCUAGAGACCAACCUCAGCGAAGAGAAACUGUCUGCGGAGCGUGUGAAGGAGGUGAUGGAACACAUCUGGAGGCUUCAGGAGUUCUGCAACAGCAUGAACAAAGUAGAGCCUGAUGCACAGGAGUACGCCUACCUCAAAGCCAUCACUCUCUUCAGCCCUGAUCACGCAGGUGUGGACUGCUUUGCUGACAUUGAAAGCUUCCAGGAGAAAGCUUACAUGGAGCUGCAGGACUACAUCACCAAGGCUUACCCAGAGGACACUUAUCGGUUGUCCAGGCUGCUGCUACGGCUGCCCGCGCUGCGUCUGAUCAGCGCUUGUGUGACUGAGGAGCUCUUCUUCACGGGCCUCAUCGGCAACGUCCAGAUUGACAGCAUCAUCCCCUACAUCCUCAAAAUGGAAUCUACCGACUACAACAGCCAGCCGGUCAGCACCAGCGAAUGAACCCAACCCGGCAAAUUAGGACAAGCGAGUUACCCCAGCUAGCCAAUCAGAACAAGCAAAGAACUCCAGCCUGCCAAUCAGGGCAAGCCAGGGGUUAGAGCAGACAAAUAAAGCUUUGGGGAAUUAGAUCCCGCUUCAGUGGCCUCCUAGGAACAAAAUGGACAUGAUUGAUGUUCUGUUGGAGUGUUCACAGUUUUAAGAUUUCAGAAUGGAUUAUGGCUUAAGUUGGUUUACACUUAAUUUACACUUAGUGUACACAAGUGUCCAAGGUCAUCUUCAUAAGAUUGACUAUUUUCAUUCCCCCCUAUGAAAUGUACACACACACACAAACGCAUGCACGCACAAGUGCAAAGAUCAAGGAAUGGCAAGACAUUACUAAUGCAUUACAGACGUGGAUUGUCUUUGUUAUACUUUAGUUUUCUUUGUUUCAUAUGAUGACAUGGUCUUUGUAUAAUGGGAUGAAUUUUCUAUAGGUUUUCUCGUCUUGUUUUUCAGUGCAGGUAUCAGUUUCUUGGCUGGUAAAUAGUUAUGUUAAUGUACGGAUGAAGAUUGUGAAGUAAUUCUUGUCCCUUUAUCUGCAAAGCUGUGCUCUGUGAAUUGACAGUACUGUGUACUGUUGUGUAAAUAAUAACGUGUAUGUAAAUAAAAGAAAUGUCAAAGGUG